AGAAAUGAAGAAAUGGCAGAUGUUGGCGACUGGGCUGUGUUGCCCAGUGUGCUAAUCGUCGAAAUUUACAGUUAUCUGCCACAGGAAGAUAGACUUGCAGCUUCAGUCGUUUGUCGGCGAUGGAGGGCUUGUCUCUUCCACCCAUCACUGUGGUCCGAUGUUACGCUUGAGCUCAACUGUGGAGAGCGGCUUCGGAGCAACUUCCUUGCAAACAGAUGUGGUCGUUUCGUGAAACAAGCAGUCGUCAAAUUCAACUCGCGUAGCAUCACCGAAGUAAGGGAAUGCCUGCGAAUUCUUCAUAUUUUGUCAGAAAACAAAAAUCUUGAGAGCUUUUCGCUGCAGCCGUCAAGUUGUCACAUCGACUGGCCAGAUAAUGAGUUCUAUAUUAUUGACAGCUACUUGAACAGCAUUGAGAAGUUGAUCCGCACAGCGCGACACCUUUGCCAUUUCUCUAUGGGAUGUGUGGAGCAGCUAAUGAUCUAUGCUCCUGGAUUGCUUCCAACUUUAGCAAGGCGUCAUUCUCGGACUCUGCAGUCCCUGCACUUGGCUAAUGUCAAAGAAGACUCGGAGAGCUAUGACAUCAUGGACCUGAGCCCAACAGACUUGGCCCCUUUUUGCAAUCUUCAGAAUCUUAGCUUAGACUUUGACAACGUGACAGCUGAAUUGCUUCUCAGCCUUGCCAAACCUGGACGCAGCCCACUGAAGAAACUAGGAAUUCAUGUGCAUGGAGUAGAGCCUGACCACCCCCAUGUUGACAACGCCACCUGGCAACAAGUACGAGAGGCAUGUCCCCAGCUUGAAGUGACCCUGACAUUAGUGCACUCUUAUGAGGGUGUAGGUGCACUGCUAUCCAUCUUGCAGCCCUGCAUGCCAUUGGUGGCUCUGCGACAGUAUUUUUGCUCACGUGUAAAUGCUGCAGCUGUUUUCUUUCUGGGGAACCACAUGAGUGAUGAGAUCCAGUCACUAGAGAUCCUGGAGGGGAUGUCAUCAACAAACCCUGUCUACUAUGAGUCAUUUGCUCCAGAAGACCCAUUUGUUAUGCUUGCUUGGCGGUGCACCAAACUUAAGACACUUCGCCUAAUAGGUUUAGAAAUGUCAUCCAGUGACCUUAUUGCAAUUGCACGAUUGAGGGGCCCUCAUCUAGAACACUUUGAUAUACCAGUCAGCUGCAUAUCUCAUUCCAUGGUUGAUUCUGAUUGGGAAGGCAGCUAUGGAAGUUUGCCCCUUGUUGUUCUUGGUGAGGAGGUCAGACACUUUAGUCAGCAGGUAUCAGACAGUCUUGGUCGCGAGUGGUGGCCCCUUUCGGAUCGAGAACUGCCAAAUGCCAUCCUGAACAGUAGGGCAGAUGCAGAGAAAGCCUACAUGAGCAUCCUGCUUGCUGACCAGUAUCCCCCUACUUUAGUGAAACGUAAAAAGUAGUCACAUCUUGCUUAAGAAAUUUGUACCAACUUCAUCUUUUAGCUGUUUUGAAACCAAAAAUAGCAAGAUGAAAUAUUUAUGGAAUAAUUAGCCAACAGAUACAAAAGCUUUUACGAUUCAAAACAAAUCCCAUCUCAUUUUUAUGUCUAAGCAUAACGUCAUCUGUUAUUGUCUAGUGGUGAAGAAAUAGUACAUGUUGAACUUGUAAAUGUGGCUCUGACUCAUUGCAUGAACAAACAGUUUCAACGGUAGUAGACUGCACUAAGCUUACCAGAGUGCAGAUUAAGGACCAAACAUGAUGAAACAUCACGCACACUGUGUGAGACUGCUUCAGGCUAUGUUAGGAGAGAAGAAUGGCAUGUUUCAUUGCAGAAGAUCAUGAUAAAAAUUAGUCUCAUCAAUUGUUUCUUAAAUUGUUUGAUUUUCAAUAAUGUGAAGACAAGUUCCAAACAUGGGAGAUGCAGCAUCUGAUUAACAUAGAGCGUCGAUGGUUUUCACAAAAGCAGUAUUUUGAAGCAAAAAAGAAUGCUACCAUCCAUAAAAAAAAUAGCUUAUAGCGUUGUCUAGAAAGCAGCACUUUGUCCAACAGGUUUUUUUUUUUUUUUAUGGUGGUUGCUGUAAACUAAUCUGGCACCUUUAAUCUUUUGUUCAUCCUGUCUAGCGGACUAAUUUCUCUCAGGCCAUCUUGUUCUAGUCUGCAUUCUGUUUCCUAUAGAGUACAAACAUUUACCACACAAUGGCACUGAAAUAAAUGUUAUCAAGAUAGUGUCUUUUAAAUAUCUAAUGUUGUUUAUAAUUUUGCUGUCCACAUUAAUGUGAUUUUUCUUGGGUACAUGUUUUCACCACGGAGGUGUGUCUUUGUAUUAAUGACAGAUGUCAGAAAAUGAUGUUUGAUGUUUACUUGAAGUUUACUUAGAACAUGAUCCAAGAAAUGUUUUUGUUGUGAAACUUCUGUGCAGAGAUCUUUGUUGAGACAUUUCUGUUUGGUAUUUUGUGUUGUUGUUAACAAGCAGACCUCACCUAAAAUAGUUUAACUGGACUUCAGAUAUUUUGAUUGAAUUAUUUACUCCAUGAUUUUGCCUAAAUCCACCAUACUGGAAACCUAUAUUUUCUAUAUUUUGUCAGCUGUAUGCUGGAUAAGGUUGGGUGAUUUGGUUCAGGUUAACAAUAUCAGCGUUAAGGUGCACAGGAAAUAUUUAGACAAAGCUUUGUUAGUUGUUGAAUGAAAUCCAAAUAUAAAAUGCAAAAAUAUUCUUAACAGAACCAGAACACAAUUUAGCAGCCAGUUUACUGCUUUUCGUGUCUUUUUAAACCCAAAUACCCCAUCCCUUGAAGCAAAGGCCUCUCUCUUAGAGUGGGGUUUUCUACAUUUAAUUCCUUAAUUAAAUACUUGAUCUCUCUGUCAUUGUCUAUUAUAUGUAUGCACACAAAAUCAGUGCCAAGAAGAAAGAACACUAUUGCAUCGGUUUCUUUGAUAUGCACCAGCAUAAGAACAAUUGUGCAUACACCUCAUACAUAAACCUUCACACUUGAUGUGACAUCUCACAGUCACUGCACAACACGUUUCUCACAAGCAACAACUGCCAUGAGAUCUUUGGAUCAUGAGAAUAAAUGGCACCUUGGUGUAAGACAAUAUCAUUUUUACUUAGUUAUCUUUUGUCUUCAGGUAUUAAAGAUUGAGGUUUACAUAAAGACAUCUUUGUAAAUAUGUGUAGUAUCCAGAUGAUGGAAUUGUUGGUAAACGGCUUUGUGCUAAGUGUCUCUGUUGAUUGGUUAGUUGUUACUUGAUGUUAUCCAUGAUUAUUACUUGUAUCAGGUGGUCGGAUUAUUUCAAAACCUUUUACAUAAAUUGUAGACCAGCACUUAUAUCAGGUAUUGUGCACCUGUUUUUUGAGAAUCUUUGCCUUGUGAUUACAUUUUUUUAAAGGUCUCUUAGACUGAAAAUUGAUGAAGACAUGUUUUAAGUCUUGGUUUGUCCAAAUUCAGCACCACCUGGUGUUGGCAUUUCUUUACAGAUGCAAUCUACUAGUGCCAGAGUUGAGUUGGAUUGAGACAUUUUAAAUAUGAGUGCUGCAGCCCAACAGAUAUUCUGACUCCAGCCAUAUAGACUGAAUUUAAUUGUCUUCUGUGGAAUCUCUGACAAUCCAGCAUGCCAGGCAGAAAAUGUUAUAUUUUUUAUGAAUUUCUGGCAACACAAAGCUAGUCACCAAAAUUGUACAAACAAAUGUGGACUUUAUGAAAAUACAAAGCUCAAAAGAGUUCCCUUGGGAUCAUUACUGUGCAGCAUGCAGAGGAGAAGUGGAGAGACUUCAUCUGCAUUCUGCAUGAUUGUUACUGUCAGCAUCAAAAAAAGAAAUAUCCUCAGAAUGCAUUCACUUUUGAUGUUUUAAUCAUUCCAGUACCCUUACCAUUCAGCCCAGGUAUUUUGAAGGGCAUGGAGAACAUUUUUGUUUGGGGAAAAACCCAAGUCUGUGAUGAUGGCUAAAAGGAUGACAGGGGGAGCACUGCAUUUCGUUGUUGCCAUGAUGACAAGAACUGAGAGCUCCUAAUCUGCAAAUAUUAUUUGCAAAUUUGCUAUUGCUGCCUUACCAUACAUGUACAUAAUUCUGCCAAAGGGACCUCACACAUCUGAAGAAAUGUUAUCCGUAUUUGAAACUACAUUAUUCGUACUUGCCAGUCUACCCUGAAAUGGUGUUCUCGUUGGCUCUAGGUUCCCCCACUCUGUUGGACAACAUCAUAAAUAUUCAAACGCAUCAAGACCAAAGCAUUUUCUGUGAUAAUGUUCCAUGCUAGACGAAAAGCAUUUAUGAGUCAACACAACUGAUUCAUGAUAACAACAAGGAUGCUAUGCAUUCGGCACGAAGAAAAUUGUGUGGUUGGCAAGGUGAUGUGUUUGUCUUAAAAAUACCUAUCUGCAGGCAGACAGGUCACAUCAAGAAUUUUUUUAUAGAAAAAUGGAGGUAUUUGUUUGCUUGACGUGAGAAAUAUCUGAUUGAGAUCUUGGCGGAUGAAGAAUGGAAUGAGACUGCGGAUCACAGCGUGAAUAAUUAUGGUGUGUGUACCUUGCAUAUUUUAUAUUUGUGUUCACCAUUUUGCUUCCUGGACAAAACAUCUAGCCUUGAGGCAUUUACAUAUGUUUGAACAUGCCAGAGCUAUAUGUUCUCAUACAAAGUAAUAUUUUGUUGAUCCAGAAUCCCAUUACAAAGUGCAUGUCAGGCUGCUGGAGAAAGAUUUACUGAUUUACAUUGUUAGUUUUUGAUGUAACUUUGGAAAAAUGGAGAAAAAACAAGUUCCAUAACACCUCAUGGCACCUUAAAAUUUUCACUGUUCAGCUCGAUUAAUCAUUGGGGAGAGCUUUGAUGGUAAAAGAUAUAUUUAAAAUUCAGAUCUUUGUCAAUAAAGUAAUGCAAGAGAAAGGAUAUUGUGCUUUCAAACAGUCAUCUGUAUUUAUUUUUCUUUCCAAAUGAACUAUUUGAUGUGGUACAUACUAUAGAACUGUCAUCUCAAAUGCCAAAUUCUGUCAUUAGUGCAGAAAUAUAUUGCUAUGACACCAGCUUGCAUUUGCUCACUGGUAUGUUGUGAUGCCCUUAGAAAAAGGGAAAACUGUGUUUGCAAGAAAAUUACUUUGUAUAUGUUUGUGUAAAGUUUUGAAGAUGUAACAACAAAAAAUAUUUCCAAUAACACUUACAGCCUUUUUCUUUGAGUUUUCAUUUAACAGUUUGGUCAUCUGCAGUUCAUUACUGCUGGUCAUAUCCAGGCAGUAAUUAUUAUCAAUGCAGACAUCUCAGUCUACAGUCAAAGUUGACUUACAGCAUGCUCAUGUUCAUCAAAGAUGUUGAAAAUUGAAACUGUAGUACAGUGACUUAGUGCAAUCUAUUCUUUGAAAGAAAAGUUCUGCCUUCUGUCAAUCAUACUGCACAGCAGCAAGGCAAGAAAGUGUGAGUGCUGACUAUUCAAUAUUUAUCAUGACUGUGCCCUAAGUUUGCUGUUUAUGCCACAGUCUUUCAGUUCAGGAGCAAUGGUAAAAGAAAAUGAUCUUGAUGAUUUUCUCAGUAGUUAUGUGAGUGGCAGCAUGUGAAAGCCGGCAGUCAGAACUGACUUGUGGUGUAUAUUUUUGAUUAUAAUGGGAACAAGUUACGUGCCAUCUUUUCACAAUGCACAUGGCACGAGUCUAUUCUGGCAGUCUUUUCACCAUCAGUUCAACUGGAAAUUCAUCCCCUAAGUAUGUUUAGACAACAUUAGAUUGGUCUUUUUAAAAUUGCAUGUUAUUUCAAAAUUUGUAAGCUACUGAGAAGCUCAGGAUGCUUUAUGUGUGGUGGGUUAAACCUAAAGUGUAGCUUAUACUUAUAAGACACGUGAGUUAUUUUAGGUUGAUGAAAAGUAAAAUAUUGUUGGCUUGUAUCCUGUAAUGUUCAGGCUUUAUCGUACUAAACAGUGUUGUCUGUUGUGUCUGUUUUCUCCACAUUUUUGCAUGCUGUUGAAGUUUUUUCCCUUGCUGUUUUAAACUAAUAUUCACUUAGAACUAGCAAAGGGGAAGCAUCCCUUCUUUCACUUAAAUGCAUGUUUGUAUCAGUAUAUUUCCAUCAUUAGUAGAGACACUUCAUUCCUCAUGUUUUGUGAAGUUAACUGUAGCAUAACAUUACCUGACAAACAUUAAAAUGUAUAUGAUGCUGCUUAUCUGUUAAUCAUCUUCCACCCCACCCCCUUUUGCAUCCUGUCAUAUUUUUAAAUACACCUUAAAUGGAGAUAUCUCUUAUUGAGAUAUACAGGGGAAGUGGUAUUUGCUGUGAAUAAAUGCUUUCCUCUACCUUUUUUAAAAAAUGUCAGAUUAAGAGGAAAAAAAGAUUUCUGAUUACAGAGUAGACAGUGUAAUUACCAUGUUUGUGUACUAAAUAAAGUAUUGUAGUUGGCGACCAACACAGCUGUCUACAACAAGUACCAGCUGUCUGAUCAAAUGCGCUCAUUAAAACAAGCAUUGUCACUUGAAAAUAUUUAACAUUCUACAUUUGAUGUGGUUGUCUAGGUAGCAGGAAAACUGUCGUAAUUGAGUUUUUAGAUCAUAGGUGUUAUAAAUUUUAAUAGAAAUGUGAUGUUGAACUUUGAAACACUUUUUAAAAUUACUGAUGUUUUAUAUGUCUCGUCUCUGGCAGUGUUCAAGCCUGCCUAAAUAGACACUUAAUGGAGAAUGUUUAUAAGCAUGCAUUUUAACAUGAAACUGUUACAUAUGCUAGUAAUCGGGAAAUAGCAUGUAGACCAUUUCCCUCCCCCCAACCUUUAUUCAUGAACCCCAGUGGCUUAUCUCAAUAGUAGCAACUGCUUUGUGUUUGACAGGGUGUUCACAGGGUCACCAUCUAGAAAAAGUUAUGUGGUGUAGACAAGGGGAAAGAAAACUGACAUUUUGUGGAAUGCAAUUAAGGCAUUUUAGGAGUGGGAUUCAGAGUUCAUCAUAUGGGUGUUUUUGCAUAUACUCACACUCCUAUGGCUGAUACACUGGCUUUAGAGUUUAAAAAACUGGCAAAUUCUUUUACCACAAACCUAUCCUUUUUCAUAGCUUAUGAGUGUGGACAAUUAGAGAGGGAAAGCAGUGAUCUGAGAUUAGGGAAUUAAGGAGCAGAUUUAUUUAGAUUACUUUUCCUGGCAUUCUGGAGAGGAUUCUUUCCCCUCGUUUUUAACACAUCAACUUGGGGUUAAGAGUAGCAACAAAGUAGACAUAGUAAGAUCUGCUUUGAUGCAAAAUGCAUGCAUAUGUUAUUCCAUUUCCUUCUGAUAUAAAAAAAAAUAUUUGAGUGAAUCACAGGUAAAUGUUCAAAACAAAAAAAGAUAAAAGCAAUAAAUAAAACAGAUUGGUAGUUUUAAAAAGAAGCUCAGUAAAUCUAAAUCUAUGGCUCUUUCAGGGAACGAGAAAUUGUUUCAUAAUUUUGAAAGUGAUAUUGUGACAGAAUGAGAAAUAUUGUGAAGCCAACUGUGAUUGGAAACUUGGAGCAAACUUUUGUCUUAACCUGUUUCAGAGGUUUUCUGCUACAUGCAUCUUUUUUUUUUUUUAACUAAAACAUUUAAGCAUAGGUAAAUGAGUCUUCACUUUGUUUUACCCAUCAAAAUUUCUUGACAGCAAGUGUUUGGUGAUUCUACAGUGGACUUAAAAUUCUUAUGUUGACUGUUUCAUGACAGAAUGCUUCAUAAUAAUAAAUUGAUGAAAGAUAAAGUGGGCUAUACAUAACAUUCUUGAAAGAAAAUAAAUUGCUUAAAGAAGGGACAUUUUUAUUUGACAUUCUUGGGUUUUUGAGUUUUUUUCCCCUUUAGUUUUUGCUCUUUAUUUUGUGGGGACCACAAGGUUAAAGCAAGAUGGCUUCUUGUUUUAUCCCAACAUAAAUGUAUCUUUCUGCAACAGUGUUGGGGUGUUGAAAUAUUUUAAAUGUUCCAAGCCAUUUGUUUUUUUAAGCAGAAAUAACCACAUUUUUAAUAUAAUGAAGAUAAGAUAGGGAAAGGUCAUCGUAAGUUUUUUUUUCAAACAGUCUGGUUGAGGUUUAUUUGACAACAGUAUAAGAUAUAGAUGUUAUGUGGGUAAUGCAUUUUGUGGCUAUCAUACAAAACCUUGAGCAUUUAUAUUUUGGGUAAAUUCUUAAGAAGAGAUGAGAAGAGGAGAAAAGAGUAGAAUCACAAAGAUGCCGCAUGACUAAAGGUUAAGCACUUCUAGCACAAGUAAAAGUCUUACACUGUAGGGAGCAGGGUGUGGUUGGUGUAUUUUGUGCUGUGAUUUUAUAAAAUUUGACAUAUUUUGAGUAGUUACUUGUGUGAGAAUGAUGCGAAUUAAAUUUUAAAAUUUCCAGCAUGUCGAAUAUUGUUUAUGUGAGUCUUGUGCAUAUACCCUCCCCUUGAUUUUAGAUUGUUGGCCCAGAAGAGGUGCUUUUAAGGGUAGCUGUCCAAUUUGCAUUUCAGCAUACCCUUAAUAACUAGAAGAAUGUACCGGCAAAAGAACAUGGAUGAUGUCUUGCCACCAGUCAUGAUGAAUUGGAAACAGUGUAGCAUUUUCAUGUAAAGGAAAGAAAGCAGAAAGUAGUUAUGACUAAUCAUUACUUCUGAGAUCUUGUGAUUUCUGGGGUACGCACACUUAGAAGAUAAUUUUGAUUGAGCAGUAAUUAAAUCGACAGUUUUUAAAAGAUCUUUGCAAAUUUCAGUAAAACAAGAUACAGCUAUGUGCUGCAGGAUUUAUGGAUAUGUUUAUUGUGAUUGUCCCAUUUUUUUCUUUCUUUCUAACUUGGGGUCAGAUUUGUAUUGGUAUUUCUGUUGGGUUUUUUUUUUUUAAAACUUUAAGGUGAUUAGCAUCAAGUGUAUCUUGCCUUAAACAAAUUUGUGGUGUGAUCUGUUAUGAAAAUGAUUGGCUUGGUGUUUUUUUCUGGCCAAACAGUUUGUCACCUCUUUCUAAUGAUGGCUCCAAGUUAAUCUGUAGGUAAGAUCUAUUUUCAGCAUUUUGUGCACAAAUACCAGUGCACCGAAGACAUGUGCCAUAAAUUUCCAUAACUGAGGGGAAUUGACCUUUUAUUGAUACUGAGACAUUACAUUUUGACUGGAGAAAAAAGAAGAGAAAAAAGUUGUCAGUGUGCACUUUUUGUGAAAUAAAGUUUCCUGGGUGUAC